AAAUUUUAAAAGGAUAUGAUUUCAUAUAUGUAACAGGAAAUAUUAAAAAUAAUGCUACUGGUGAAGUUUCCAUUGAUCAAUAUAAUCACUACAAGGUAUGAUUUUAUAUCAUUUUUAUUUCUUAUUAAUGCAAAGGCUUGGAAUUUUUAUUUCAUUUUUAUUUCUUAUUAAUACAAAAGCUUAUAGAUUUAAAUUAGUCAGGCUUAUUUCUUUACUCUUCUUCCGUUUGCAGGAAGAUGUUAAUUUGAUGCAAAUGAUGAACUUUGAUGCCUACCGAUUUUCGAUCUCAUGGCCGAGAAUUUUUCCAAGUACAUUUACCAUCUUCCUUGAUUAUAAAAUUGGCAUACACAUUUCAUUUUUUGAUUAAUUAAUGCUUAUAUUCAUACCUUUAUGUAGAUGGCACAGGGGAGGUAAACUGGAAAGGAGUUGCCUACUAUAAUAGAUUGAUAAACUACAUGCUUGAGAAAGGUAUAUAUAUUAAUUUCAAUGUAUAAAAUACUGAAAUUUUGGACCGGGUAUAUGACAUAUUGCAGUAUUCUAGUUAUAUUUUUGUAACUGGAUGAAAUAUGUUAACUUUGUUAUCCAUGUAGGAAUCACCCCACAUGCGAAUUUGUACCACUACGAUCUGCCAGUUGCACUUCAGGAGAGAUAUGGAGGUUUUCUGAGUAAACAAAUUGUCAAAGAUUAUGCUGAUUAUGCAGAAUUCUGUUUCAAGACAUUUGGUGAUAGAGUAAAGAAUUGGUGGACAUUCAAUGAACCGAAAGUGAUUGCUUCUCUUGGAUUUGACAAUGGCAUUAAUCCUCCAAAUAGAUGUUCAAAGGAAUUUGGAAAUUGUACAGAAGGAAACUCAGCAACCGAGCCUUAUAUUGCAGCACAUCAUUUGAUUUUAAGUCAUGCUGAAGCUUCCAAAAGAUAUCGUGAAAAAUAUAAAGUAAUGAUUAUUUUGGAGAUUCUCUCAGUCAAUGCUGAACAGAAGGGAAGAGUUGGUGUCUUCGCGGACUUUGUUUGGUAUGAACCUCUAACAAAAUCAAAGGCAGAUAACUAUGCAGCACAAAGAGCAAGAGACUUCCAUAUUGGAUGGGAACUUAUCAGUACUCAUUUAAGGAGGGAAUUAUUGUCAAAUUUAUUUUGCAGGUUUUUGCACCCUUUUGUAUAUGGAGAAUAUCCAAGAACAAUGCAAAAAAUCGUAGGAGAAAGGCUUCCAAAGUUCAGCAAAAGUGAACUGGAGAUUGUGAAAAACUCUUUUGAUGUUCUUGGUCUCAACCACUACACUUCUUACUACAUAUAUGACGCACACCAGCCAAAGACAAAUGUGACUGGUUACGAACAUGAUUGGAAUGUUGGGUAUGCUUGUAAGUCAUCCAUCUUUUCCUACUUCAUUUACCCAAAAAUUUUUCUAGUUGUUUUGGCUCAUUCUCCAUGGAUUUAUGAAGUUCCAUCGGGCAUUUACAAAGUUGUCACAUAUGUUAAAGAGCGUUAUGGAAACCCCGAAAUAAUUCUCUCAGAAAAUGGAUUAAUUGCAGGAAUGGAUGACCCUGGCAAUGUUCCAUUUCCUGAAGCUUUGUUUGAUACAAAUAGAGUGAACUACUAUACAACCUACUUGAAGGAAUUGAAGAGAGCUAUGGAUGAUGGAGCCAAUGUCACUGGCUACUUUGCUUGGUCAAUGCUUGACAACUUUGAAUGGUUGUUAGGUUAUACCUCAAGAUUUGGCUUGAUUUAUGUUGAUUACAAUGAUCUCAAGAGAUACCCAAAGAUGUCAGCAUAUUGGUUCAGGCAGAUGCUUCAAAGAAAAAUAGCUUAGGUUUAUUUCUUAGGUUUUUAGGCUUUUUUUAUGUUUCUUAGUGCUUUUGUUUUUAGUUCUUCUGGUGUUCACAACUUCUUAAUUUCAUAUUCUAGAGUUUCAAUAAUAAAAUUAUUGUGAGCCAAAUUAUUGCUGAAGCGUAUGGGUUUUUUUCUUCCUUCUUCCUCUUCUCUUUUUUGUUGCCACAUUGCGUAGCUAUAUGGUUUGAGCAGCUUUUUCCAUUGCAAUUGAAGAACAUAGCUCACCUCUUUUAUCGAAUGUUCAUCUUUGUUUCAAAAAUCGUGGCUUGAACUCA